CCCCUUUUCAUGCAUUCAGAUCAUGAGACUUCUGGUUGCUGUUCCCUGCUCUUCCAGACCACAAAGUACUAACAAAAAAAACCUUUUCCAGUUGUAAGAUAGGGAUGAGUUCCUUUCAUCACGAGGUGUUGCUUUUCUUAAAUCUGUUCAGCCUAGUGUCAGGGCUGCAGUUUGCCACAGAAGAGCCUUUCCUCACGGUGUGGAACGCCCCCACUGCCAGCUGUCUCUCACAAUAUGGCAUUGACCUCGAUUUGGGCACGUUCAGCAUUGUCCAGAACCAGAACCAGACAUUUAUAGGUGGAAACAUUACAAUAUUUUACUCUGAAAAGCUUGGUCUGUAUCCCAGGUACAAUGACAAUGCAGAGGCUAUCAAUGGCGGGGUACCUCAGAACGCCAGUCUGGACAAACACCUCAGGGUGGCCUCUGAAGAUAUCCACGCCUGGAUCCCUGACAGGGAUUUCCAGGGCCUGGCUGUGGUGGACUGGGAGAGCUGGAGACCAGUUUGGGAGAGAAACUGGGACAGUAAGCAGGUGUACUGGGCGGGCUCAAGAGCACUAGUGAAGUCCAGACAUCCAGACUGGAGUCCUGCAGAGAUAGAGGCCGCAGCCCGGGGGGAGUUUGAGGAAGGUGGGAGGAAGUUCAUGGAGGAAACAUUAAAGCUGGGGCAGCAGGAGAGACCAAAUGGGCUGUGGGGCUUUUACGGUUUCCCCAACUGCUACAACUACUACAGCGACAGAAGCAGGAACUACACAGGCGAGUGUCCACCUGUGGAGCUGAAGAGGAACGACCAUCUGAUGUGGCUGUGGAACGUCUCCUCCGCUCUUUACCCCGACAUCUACCUCAGCCUGCAGCUGCGAGACCUGAGCAGAGAAGUGCUCCUCUACACCCACCACCGCAUCCUGGAGGCCAUGAGAGCUCCAUCAGCACCACCUGUGUUCCCCUACGCUCGCAUCGUCUACACAUACACGUUAGAUUUCCUCUCUCAGGAACAUCUGGUCUACACCGUCGGAGAGAGCGCUGCUUUAGGAUCUGCAGGGGUGGUGCUGUGGGGCGACCAUACCUUCUCCAAAUCUCAGGCUACUUGUGAGGCUGUCAAAUUGUACAUGGACCAGACUCUGGGUCCUUACCUGGUGAACGUCACGGCGGCUGCCACUCUCUGCAGCCGGACCAUGUGCUCCUCUCAGGGAAGAUGCCAGAGGAGGAACUCAGAAUCAAGGGCCUACCUCCACCUGGACCCUGCCGUGUGGAAGGUGGUGUUUGAGAAGAGUCCACGGGGACGGCAGAACUACAGAGUCUUAGGACAGAUGAAAAAACACGAGGUCAAAUUCAUGAAGUCUGAGUUUCGGUGCAAGUGCUACCCUGGAUGGGGCGGGGAGAGCUGCUCCAAACGAAAGCAAGGAUAACAGACUUUCCUUAACGGAGUUUCAAGGACUGUAUUGUAUCAUAAAUGGCAUUCAAGUCUUUAAAUCGUGUCAAAAUGAACCACUCCAUGGGUAGAAUGGCCUCAUUCUUUCUUUACAAUUCACCUUUUUUACAUUUCCCUUGAUUUUCAUCACUUGGAUGUUUGAGCCUCAGUGCACAAAAUAAUUUAUGCGCAGUGUUCGUCGCUCGAAAACCGUUUACACAUCUGACUUUAAACGAUUUGUACAUGCAGGAUCUUGGGUGAUGUGGAAAACCGGAACCAUCCAGUGCACAAAACCUGAGAAUGGAAUUAUGGAUGCAGUGAAGAAGGAGACAUAUUAUGUAGUACCACAUGCUACUUUAUACUCUUACUGCAAUACAUUCCAGUGGGAAAUAUUGUACAUUUUAAUCAUUGUUUUUUCAGUGGAAGCUUUUAGUUGCUUUAAAGAUAAGGGCUUUAAAAUGAUUCAUCAAUUAAUACAAAUGUAUCAACCAAGGGAAAUAUGAUUUAUUGCAAGAGAUUACUGAUUGCAUAAACACAUUUAAAAGCUGCUUGCAAAUUAACAGCACAAUAUAUGAUGGGACUUUCUGGAUUAUAAGGAUUUUUUUUCUUGAUACUUUAAGUACAUUUGACUGAUGAUACUUUUGAACUUUUGCUUAUUGGCUUGUAUGCAUAUUUAUUGAAAUAACCUUAUGAUGGGACUUACUUGAGUAAAACAACUUGCCUACAAUAAGUUUUUGCUGUGGCUUUCAUAUUAAAUAUUUGUGUGAAAGUUUCUGACCAGCAGGUGGCGCUGUGGGACAUCUAACUGGCAGAGAUUCAUGAGACAUCAAGGUCAGAGCUCUGGGUGUAAUCACAAGGAGAGUCAAAUCAGUGUAGGGGAAACAAAAUAAUUGACUCAGUAGAUCCGCUUCUUCUGACUAUAUGCUCCAACUCUUCAGCCGCCGCAGCGUCCAUGAAGGGUUAAACUCUGACAGAGAAGCAGAGAGGGAACAAGGUGACCUUGAUUGAUUUACGAGUGGCUGUACAAUGUUGUCUUAUCUGAUAGCCACCGCUGCUCCAAACUGGUGUUGUUGAUUGUGAUUUUCCCCCUCUGUCCCCUGCGGGGCCGACAGGCUGGAAGAACAGACUCCCACAAGGUCCUGCUGCUUCCUGCUUCCUGCUUUAUCAUCACUGGCUGGAUUAUAGGGAAGAUGGAUGCUCUUUUUUAAACUGGAGAUAGGUUUUCAGCAUGUGUUCUUUUAAAACAUAAUUUAAGUCUUUGGCAUUGAUUGUGCAGUUUCUGGAGAAAAACAAUUUGCGUUUCAUAAGCCACAGACAGAAUGUAAUGUCCAGCCUAUAUUUACCUGUAGUUUCUUGAUAAUGGCAGAAGGAAACACAACAAGGCUCUCCUUCUGAUUGACGUUUGUGCUGCUUGUCAAUCUAUUUGUGAUUAUUAUGUUCACCUUGGCAGCCUUAAAUCCACUCCCUCUGUCCAAAUAGACAGACAGAAUUAUAAUAAUGCUGUG